UCUCAAACAGUCAGCUGGUUUAUAUAUAUUUUGUUUAUCACCACAUACGAAUCUACUUUAAGAAAAAUCUAAAUUUUUAUAAAGAAUUUAUUAAUUUUAUACAAAAUCAAGCAAUGGAACAACAAUUAGAAAAAGUUUUAAGUGAUAUAAAUUCACAGCCCGAAACUGUAGGCUGUCUAAUAACAAAUCGUCAGGGUCUUUGUCUGGGAGCUAAAGGUAAAAUAAAUCCAAAAAUGUCCGGCAUUGGUAUGGCUCUAUCGGAACAGGCUUGUAAAUUGGAACCCAACCUAAAUCCGCCCACAAUUAUUUUGUACAGCGGGAACAAACGCUGCAUUAUACAAAAGGAUGGUGAGAUUACUGGCAUUAUAUAUAAGCAAAGUAACAAUUAGUUGUAAUUGUUGGAUUGAGGGAGGGAUCAUAAUGUCAUAGUUGUGUUUUGUGCGUGGCCAUAUGGAAAACAGACAACCAAAUGCUGUGUAAUCUGCAUUCUUACUCAUGCUUCCAUUUGUGAUUAAAUGUUAAUUAAGUAAUAUUAUAACUUCAUCUGCUUUUUCUAUGUAGUCUUUAUAAGAUAAUAUUUUUUUUCCUAAACUAAAUGUCAUAAUAGUUUUUGCUUAAAUGU